UUCAUCAUUAGACAUUCUAUUGGUUGAAUAACUUAACUGAUAUAAUAACUAACAUAUGAAUUCUUUGUGAGAUUGUCUCGAGACAGUCUUACUUCAACUGAUUUAUUUCAAAAGGGUCGCUUUGGAAGCCUAAUCUGAGCCCACAGGUGGCAGGCCACACGUAUAGCAAAGGAGUCGCGAUAGGAAGAGGAGAUCAAAGACGGAUGGCGAUAUUAUAUGCGGUCGUGGCUAGAGGAACCACCGUGCUUUCAGAAUUCAGCGCCGUAACCGGAAACAUUGGUGCUGUGGCGCGCCGUAUCCUCGAGAAUAUUCCAUCCGAAGCUGAUGCUCGGCUUUGCUUCUCGCAAGAUCGCUAUAUUUUCCAUAUUUAUAGGGCAGAUGGUCUCUCCUUCCUCUGUAUGGCCAACGAUACCUUCGGCAGACGUAUCCCAUUCUCGUAUUUGGAGGAGAUUCAUAUGAGAUUCAUGAAAAACUAUGGGAAAAUAGCGCAAUAUGCUCCUGCUUACGCUGUUAAUGAUGAGUUCUCUAGAGUUUUGCAUCAGCAAAUGGAGUUUUUCUCCAGCAACCCUUCUGCGGACACUAUCAAUCGUGUUAGGGGAGAAGUCAAUGAGAUUCGGACUAUCAUGGUAGAAAAUAUUGAAAAGAUACUGGAGAGAGGUGACAGAAUCGAGCUUCUUGUAGAUAAAACUGCAACAAUGCAGGAUAGUGCUUUCCAUUUCAGGAAACAGUCAAAACGCCUUCGUCGUGCCCUUUGGAUGAAAAACGCCAAGUUAUUGGUUUGGCUGACGUGCUUGCUAGUUGUGCUACUCUACGUUAUAAUUGCUGCUUGUUGUGGAGGUCUAACUCUGCCGAAUUGUAGAUCGUAGUUGUUUGGUGGUAUCAAUUCUUCUGAGUUCAGUACUACUUAUCGACAGAGGUUCUUCGGAGGUGAUUCGGUGUGACCCUGCAUGUUCCUUCUGAUUGUCGAGGCUUGUUGCUUCAACGGUUGAGGAUAAUGUAUCAAUGUGUCUGAAGUAUUUAAUCCUAUGCACAACGUGAUGACCUUUUAUUCUGUGAAUAUGGAUUUAAUUCUGUGCAGUUAUGUACUUAUGUAAAUCCCUUAAUAAUGUCGAGCAUCAUUGGCUUAUUUAAGGUUGUCACUUGUCAGUUUUUGGGUUGAUGAAUGUAUACGUUUUAGUGAUUUGGCUUCGAGAAAGCUUUAGGCUUAGAAGUUAAUUUGUUUUCAUGCUCAA